AUGACCAAGAAGUCAUCGGGCCAGCUGACAGAUGAUUCCUGCUCGUACUCUGUGGAACUGAAUGGUUGGGGUUUGGGCACUGAUAUUAGAAGGGGAGUACUCCCGGAGAUAAAUCAGAUAGGACGAGCACGAAAUAUCGAGGAGGCUAAGCGUGCGUCCAACGAUACCAAGAAUACCAGACCGACGAAGAAGGCAGAGAAACCGAGAUCUGAGCUCAAGAGAGGUUGGGAUGAUCAAGAUGUCAUAGGUAUCGCGAUAAAAACGGGCGUUAUUCUGCAGAUAUACCAUAAACAAGAGUUGAGAAAUUCACCAACAUAUUCUUCUAUUAUAUACACACAAAGGAAAGGCCACCCAUGGCAGCAGUUUCACCGUGAUAUCAGUCAAGAUGCGCUGUACAGCGAGGACGCACCGUACAUGGAUGACCUCCUACGUGACCUGGCUACUGUUGAGAUUGUCAACGCAUCUCAGUUUAGAGGAGGGACGCAGCUCAAGCUCGACUUAAGACUUGCCGACGGUAACCGAGUCAUCGCCAAGCCUAUGAGAUUGUCAAGGGACCAUGUGUACAAAUACACUAGGGAGGAGCCUUUCUGGCUGGAUCCUGAGAGACAUAAUGCAGAGAUUGCUUCCUUUCACCUUGAUAGACUCCUCGGAUUUAGGCGAGUACCUCCUUGCUCCGGUAGACGCGUCAACCUGAAGAAAGAAAUUCUUGGAAAGAGCGAAGACACGAAUCUACUCAGCACUGUCUUCAAAUCUGGUGCAAAUCUCUGUGUUAUCGGGAAUUGCAAACCCUGGUUCUGCAACCAGGAUCAUCCAAGUUGCACCAAGGGGGAUCUGAUGGAGGUGGCCAUGUGCCAGUUCCUACCGGCCUAUCAGGGCGGAAUCCCGGUGCGGGAUGCUGCAUAUCCCUGGAGCCAGGGGAGGAAAGAAUCCAAAGUAUGGAAAGGUAAAAACAUUUGCUUGGAUAUUUUGAAGGAUUCCAUCCGGCUGGGUGGCAGAGUCUUACUAGACCUCAUAGAGCAGGGGAUAUUCGACUUCUUUCUUCGAAAUUACGACAGGCAUCAUUACUCCCAACUUCGCAAAUACCAGCGAAAAGUAGGCUGCGUACUACACCUUGAUAACGGCAAGGGUUUUGGUAAUCCACUCGUAGAUGAUGACACAUUUCUGGCCCCCGUCUACCAGUGCUGCAAGCUGAGGCGAUCCACAUACUUCCGUUUGAAAGAACUAGCCCGCCCCCAGUCGCGACUGAGCAACCGGCUAAAUGCUUCCAUGUCACAUGACCCAAUUGCACCUGUCAUCACAGAGGUCCACCUUCAGGCGAUGGACAGACGACUGGAAACCGUCCUGCGGACAAUAGACAAAUGUAUACGUAAUCACGGGGAGAGCAAUGUGCUUGUUGAACGACUGGAAUAGACCUGAGACAUAAUGACGUCACGCUUUAUUUUCAUGUGAGCUUUUUUAUGGGAUUCAGCUCUCUCCCCACCUGGCUAGG